GUUCUGUUUCUGGUCUGAUUGUUGGUCUUGACAAAUCUGAUUGCUUUUGCACCAAUAAACAACUCACAUAGCAAGAUCCUCUUCGUUAAUGGCGGAUCCGCACACCAUUCAAUAAACAGGAAAGCACCGUGACUCGUCAACACACCGCUCGAGUCUUCCCCUUUUCUCCACACGUUCCUUCUAUGCGAAACCUUCUUUCCUUCAAAAACACACACAAACUCUCUCACUUUUUGACUAAAUCUACAUAAUUGGAGAUGUAUAUAUGCAAACGAAGAAACCUUUUGGAUUUAAGCCACAAAAAUGAUUGGUAAAUCAGUUGUAUCACUCGUCAUCUUCUUAAGCAUCAUCUUCAUUACGUACUUUAUCACGAUUGGAGGUUUAGGAGGAGGAAUUGGAACAGUUGAUCUUAGAUCUCAAUUCUCUUUCCUAUCAUCUACCAGAAAUGACACUGUUAUACCUUGCCGCACCGGGUCGCCGCUCAGAGUUUUCAUGUAUGAUCUGCCGAAGAGGUUUAAUGUUGCUAUGUUGAGCAGGAAAUUCGCCGGAGGAGAUGAUAAUUCUCCGGUGACAUCCAGGAAUCUGCCGCCGUGGCCGCGAAAUUCGGGGUUAAAGCAACAGCAUAGUGUAGAGUAUUGGAUGAUGGCGUCGCUAUUGUGUGAAAACUGUUCGAAGGCUGAAAGUAGUGAGGCGGUUAGGGUUUCGGAUCCGGAGGCAGCGGACGUGUUCUUCGUACCUUUUUUUUCUUCAUUGAGUUUCAAUACGCACGGGAAGAACAUGACGGAUCCUGAUACUGAGAUUGACAGGCAAUUGCAGGUUGACAUCCUUAAGUUCUUACGGCAAUCUACUUAUUGGCAAAGAACAGGUGGAAGAGAUCAUGUAAUCCCAAUGCAUCACCCCAAUGCUUUCAGGUUUCUCCGUGAAGAGGUGAAUGCAUCCAUUCUUAUAGUUGCAGAUUUUGGGAGGUACUCUAAAGUCAUGUCCAAUCUGCGAAAAGACGUUGUUGCCCCUUAUAUGCAUGUAAUGGAGUCUUUCUUGGAUGAUGAUGUUCCAGAUCCUUACAAUUCACGUACUACCCUUCUUUUCUUUCGUGGGAGAACAGUGAGAAAAUCUGAAGGUAUUGUACGUGCUAAGUUGGAAAAGAUACUAAAUGGUUACAAUGAUGUUCACUAUGAAGCCAGCUAUGCUACAGGAGAAAGUAUCAAAGCUUCAUCUCAAGGGAUGCGGUCAUCGAAAUUUUGUCUAAAUCCAGCUGGCGACACUCCUUCCUCAAACAGACUAUUUGAUGCUAUUGUAAGCCAUUGUGUCCCCGUGAUUGUGAGUGACCAAAUCGAGCUACCAUUUGAGGACGAAUUAGACUACAAUAAAUUUUCAAUUUUUUUCUCUGUGAAAGAGGCAUUAGUUCCCGGAUACAUGGUCCAACAACUCCGCAAAAUCCCAAAAGAAAAAUGGCUUCAAAUGUGGAAAAUACUAAAAGAAAUCACACAUCAUUAUGAAUAUCAGUACCCUCCAAAAAAAGACGACGCGGUUAAUAUGAUAUGGAGACAAGUACGACAUAAAGUUCCGGAUGAAAGACUUGCGGUACAUAGAACUCAAAGAUUAAAAGUGCCUGAUUGGUGGCGAUGAAACGCCUGUCUAGUCGGGUGAGAUCUCAAUCUCACCCGACUGUGACCAAGUCGCAGUGUAAACGGACAAGUUUGUUUGUUUACACUUUGACCAUGGUAAGGAGGUGAAAAUCCAUCCGAGGGGUCUCACGUGUUUAAGUUUGGGCAUUACUUCCUUGCUCUGCUCUGUGGAUAUUGUGAUUUACCUCCCUCAUAUUGGUUGUGACCGAUAUGGAGUAUACCAUUUUUUUACAUUAACUUUAAAAAGAUUUUUGUAUGAUUCAUUGUUAUUCGUGGAAUCAUAGCUGGGUUACAUUCCCUUGAUGGGAAAAAAUAUACUUGUUUUUCUUUUGGUUGGUUAAAUAUUGAUAGAUGGUUGAUUAAGUUGAAUCAUUAACCCUAAGUACCCU